GUUGCUUUAACAUCGCCAAUGCACAGGUAUUUCAAAUAUGUUGCGUUUAUAAAUUAAUACGGUUGCCAGCUUAUUGACAAGGUUAUGUUUGUCUUGCUAGCUACCAUGCAAGGGAAUUGUUUACUGUGUAAAUAGAAGCCCAUUGUGUUAGCCAGCUGGCACAGUCUCGACAACUCACCAUCUCUAAAUCCUAAAACAUGUAAAACAAAAUAAAAUUCUGCACAAAGUCGACGUGCCAGGGUCGCGUCGUCUGGAAAUAAUACAUACGAUGGAUAAAUAUGUUCAUAACCCUUGCGUUAUGUAGGUCAAAAUGACCCUCUUUUCAUUUUAACUUAAAGUGGAACCUAAUAUGUAACUACAUGUGAAACUAUAUAUGAACUAUAUGUGAUUGACUCAUUUUCUCUAUUGAACGUGGCGGGGAGGGGGAUAUAUUUACUCUUUGGUGUAUCUGCUAUACCAAUUUACUUAUUAUAUAGGUUGUGUAUAAUGUUUGUCAUUUUGACCCAAGAGUUAUACAGAUUUUAAAAAGUGGUGUAGUAUCAUUUGACACCAAUUGCUUUUAAUUAAAAUAUAAUAAAUUGAGGGCUUUACAGGGGUUACAUUACCUCUAUGUAUUGUUUGCACUUAUACCACAUGACACACCUGCUUGUAGAAGCAUCCCCAGGCAUGAGAAGUGGUUUUGUGUAUAUGUACUGCUCCUGAAAAUCCCCAAAUUGUAGAUAUGUUCAGCAUUGCUCAUUUCAAAUAUUACUAUCUAAAUCAGACGCCCAAAGUCAGUAUGACCCGUGAACAGUACAUCCAUUUCUAAGAAGUAAACGGAACAUUUCUGGCUCAGUCUCUGGCUAUUACUGUUAAGUUACAAGUUACUUAUGUUCUUCUGAAUGUUAGAAGCUUAGUGCGUUCACUUUAAUUUAACUUUUAACAGUUACAUUUUUCAUGAUAACCCCUACAAGUGGAAAUCUCAGAAGACAAGUCUAGCCCCUACUAAGCAUCCAUCCACUGUGUGCACCCUUAUGAGCCCAGUUAUCAGAUUUUCAAUGGCAUGGAACAGAAUGCGUUCAUUUCUCCAUUCAUAAAAAUCACCUUUGCAUAUGGACUUUACGUACACCAUCACUUUGAUGAAAGUGAGGACAAGGACCUCACCUUUAAAAAAGGUGCCCCCAUUUCUCAUACACAAACUGGCUCUUGUUAGUAUUUUACAUCACUCUAUUAUACCAUUGAGGCUAUGCAACAGCCAGGCAAGACCAAAGGCUUUUUAUGUAAGCACUGUGGUAUAGCAUGUUCCAACAUGCCCAGUCUAUUGGAGCACACAGAAACCUGUCAUCAGUCCGAGGAUGAUCGGAAAUUCAAAUGCGACGAAUGCGGUCGGGGAUACAGGCACGCUGGUAGUUUGGCUAAUCAUAAGAAAACUCAUGACAUUGGCUCCUUUCAGUGUCACAUAUGUUCUCGGAGGCUGUCCAACGCAUUGGCUCUCAAAAGUCAUUUGCGUAUUCACACAACGCGAAAGAAGUAUACUUGCAUGGACUGUGGUGAAGGUUUUCGCCUCGCGAAUCAACUGGCAACUCACCAAAAGGUGCAUCAUAAUAGAGGGUUUCAGGAAAGAACCAAGAACAAUCAGCUGAAACGUAAUCGGGCUGAAGGCAUUUGUGAUGACGAGCAGUUACAGCAAAUAGAUGAGCAGGAUUUCGAUAUAAUCCCAGAACUGCCAUCAGACUUGGAGUUGGAUGUUGCCCCUGAUAAUGGCUUCAGCAAUGGUUUGAUGUCCGAGUUGAUUCCAAGCUCUGCUGCUGAACAUGACACCGCUGGUGAUGAUGAGGACCGGCCGUUUAAAUGCGACAUGUGCGAGAAGACCUAUAGGCAUCAUGGAAGCCUGAUAAAUCACAAGAAAACUCACCAGAUGGGCAUAUUUGAGUGUUCAGUCUGUUUCAAACAGUUCAACAAUCUCGCUGCCCUUACCAGUCACCAACGAAUCCACAGUAAAACUAGAAGUCAUCCCAGCACGGUUAGCCCAUUGACCCCUGAGGCUUACACAGACUCUACGUCAGAACAGGUGUCAAAGGUGUUGCAGAAUGGAGCCACAAAUAUCCAUUUCUGCCACCUUUGUCAGUCAGCAUUUCCGAAUGAUGAUGAGUUUCAAAAUCACAUUAUGUUGCAUAACUCUUCUUCAGUAUCCUUUCAGCUCCCUAUUAGCACACCGGAGGACCAUCCUUUUUCAUACAGUAUUAAUCAGUCACCUGAGUCUAAUCCAUAUCCAUCCUCCAGUGACACUCCACCAUUGCCUCCAUUACUCGAUAAAGCUGUUGAUUAUGACCAAACCCAGGGACCAAUGGAAAAUGGUCAUAUAUAUGUACCUCACCCCAUUGGUGAUGAACCAACUCUUUUAGAUACUCAGGGAGAGCAUCUGGCCCUGCCUUCAGCAAACCUCAACCCUGAACUUUCUGAGCAAGCUACUGAUGAUAAACAAGAUCAAUCUGGUAGCUCAGACCGGCGUUUUAAAUGUAACGUUUGUGGCAAGAGCUACCGACAUGCAGGUAGUCUCAUCAACCACAAGCGCUCCCAUCAGACAGGUAUUUUCCAGUGCUCUAUUUGCCGUAAGAACUACCCCCAUCUGGCUGCCCUGCGCAGCCACCUUCGCAUCCACAAGGGGAGACCUUCUAUGGUGAUUCCCAGUGCUGAAGGUGACUGGCUUUCCUCAGAACCCCUGACACAUGAAGGCUUUCCUCAUGAAGAUGAGGUAAGCGGCAUUCUGGGCCUUCCUCAGGAUAUGGGAGACUCUGUACACAUGAAUUCUGAUGAGGAGAAUAUCAAUGAUCUUGAUGGCCCAGAAUUCCAGGAACAGUUUGACAGUUCGUUCUCUGAGGACAGACACAUGGAUCUACCUCAGGAUGAAGCCCUCAUGGAGAGGCACAUGUGCGCAGACUGUGGAAAGACAUUUACUGAUAUUGCAGGGAUCAAGUCACACAUGUGCCCUCUCUUGAAUCAGCAGUAUCCAUCAAACAGUAUCAGUCCAGAUUGUGAAAUGGACUUUAAGUCUGCAGAGUAUAAACAUGCUGUUGGAGAUUCAGGGGAGCAAAUGGUUUUUGAGGGACACAAUGGCAGUGAUCUUACUUACUUUCAUGACACUAUGCAUGAUCAGAUGAUGAGUGACAAUGAAGAUAAACUUCACUGCAAAAAUAGCGAUGAAGAGGACGAGGAGGAUGAUGGAGAGAUGUAUCAGUGUUCUGUGUGUGGGAAGCACUACACCAGCAUGCGGGAGCUCAGGAGCCAUCUCCGUAGUCACACUCAAAUCCAUGGAACCCCAUCAACGUCAGGCCCCUCCUCGAUGUCCUCACUCGAGGCAGAGAAAGAUGAUGAACCAGGUCAGGUCCAGCAAGGUGACUGUGAUCUGAUUAUCUGUAGCACUUGUGGAGAAAGUUUCACAAAAAAACAGGACCUUCUAGCUCAUCAGCUUUUACAUAGCAAUACAGUGGAUGGACAACCAGAACAAUAUGUAACACCGAACCAGAAUGAGCACCAACCAAAAGAAGAAAAGGAGAGUAUUAUCUGUGGGAAGUGUGGUGUAGUCUGUACCAGUGUUGCUCAACUUGAGAGUCAUAAUUGCCCUGGACAGUGUGAUGAGAAUCUCGAAGAGUAUGAUGAAAAAACAGAUCUUGUCAAUGCUCUCAGACAAGAGCCUGAAUAUUUUAAGGGGAGUCCAGACAGCGGAGAGAGACUCUACAAAUGUGACCAGUGUGGCCGUUCAUACAGACAUGCAGGCUCACUUCUAAAUCACAAAAAGUCACACAAAACUGGAGUGUUCCGUUGUUUUGUUUGUCAGAAGCGCUUUUACAACUUGUUGGCCCUUAAGAACCACCAGAGAACACAUUUUGAUGUUAAGAAGCAUAGUUGCACAGAAUGUGGGAAAGCUUUCAAAAUCCACAAACAACUGUUGAACCAUCAGAGAGUUCAUCGGGAAAACAAGGCCAAGAUUGAGGAACUCAACAAACAGAUUCAGGCCCUCAUGGAGAUGAGUGGGAGUGUCUCUGUGAGUGGGAUGCAGGCGGUCAAUGCAAGCAGAAAAAGACGUGGCCGACGCCGCAAGCAAAAGGACAUUCCUGGUAGUGUAGAGUCCAGCCCAGAAAAAGACGGCCACUCGGGGGAUCCUAAUGACCCACGGCCUUUUGUCUGUGACCAAUGUGGGCGGAGUUAUCGGCAUGCUGGUAGUCUGGUCAACCACAAAAACUCGCACAAGACAGGAGAAUAUUAUUGUGCCGUCUGCAACAAUACCUACAGCAACCAGUUAGCGAUGAAGAACCAUUUACGCAUUCACUUCUCGGUCAAAAAGCACUGCUGCCAGGACUGUGGGAAGGCAUUCCGGGGCAAGAAACAAUUACUGAACCAUACUUGUAAACACAAUCGCAAGAAUGCAGCAUUGAAAGGAAAGGGUAGAGGUCGGAGACGAGCAAAGGAUUUAACAUGCAAGAAAUGCAGCCUGGUAUUUCCCACUGCUGAGCAACUUACAGGCCACAGCUGUAGCAAAGACCGUGACCCUGAGUCUACCCCUGCAGGCACUGACCAUAACCACAAUGGAGAUGCAUUUGUGGUGAAAGAGGAAAGGCCUUUUAAGUGUAACAUUUGUGGUCGAAGCUACCGUCAUGCUGGCAGUCUGUUGAACCACAAGAACACACACAAAACUGGCCAUUUCACCUGCUCCUUCUGUGCCAAGCCUUUUUCCAAUCCCAUGGCAUUACGUAAUCACACUCGCAUCCACACGCAGAAAAAGAAAUAUGUCUGCACAACCUGUGGCAAAGCUUUCCGUCUCUCUAGCAUCCUGUACAAUCACCAAAAGAUCCAUGCCAGAGGAGUUACCCAUUACAGCUGCCAUACAUGUGGGAAGAGGUUUAAGAGAAAAUCUGGACUUAAGAGGCAUCGUUGUUACAGAAAUGGCUCGUCAGCCUCCCCACUCAGUCAGGAUGAAGGUGACAAGUGUUACAUGUGUGAUCAGUGUGGACGCUCUUACAGACACGCUGGAUCUCUUCUCAACCAUAAAAAGACUCAUUCGGCUGACCUGCUCCACUGUAGUCUCUGCCUGAAAACCUUCACUGAUCAUCUGGAACUCCAGAGCCACUCCCAGAUGGCCCGUCACUGCUGCCCAGAUUGUGGAAAGACGUUUUGCGAGUUUUCACACCUGCAGAGCCACAUGGAGGUUCACAGCAAGGGACUCCCUUAUUACUGCAGUGUUUGCCAGCAGAACUUCCCCAACUUGGCCAGCUUUGAGCAGCACCAGGAGGUUCACCAUAGCAUGCAAGAACAGUCCCGUCAUCAGCAAGACCUUCAGAUGUCGCAGGGUUUGGAUUGGGACUCUGGACUUAACCAACAACUGGGUUUCUCCAAAAUGGAUCCAGAGUUUAGCCAAAUGCACGAAGGCUUCUCUGACCAGGAAGAUCAGCAAGAGAGUGGUGACGCAUUUGAUAAAGAAGAGAAGAGCCAUGUGUGUGAGCACUGCGGGCGUUCAUAUCGGCAUGCCGGAUCCCUGCUCAACCACAAGAACAGCCACAAAACGGGCUCCUUUUUCUGCUCAGUGUGUCAAAAGGAGUUCACCAACCUGAUGGCACUGAAGAACCACCGGCGAAUUCACACAGAGCCCAAGCGCUAUCAGUGCCUGGAAUGCGGCAAGGCGUUCCGCGUGUCUACCCAGCUCAUCUGCCACAGACGCAUUCAUACUAAAGAGAAGCCUUUCUCCUGCGUUCUCUGUGAUAAGCGCUUCUCCAGCAAGUCCAACCUGCGACACCACCAGAAGUUGCACCAGAAUGCCCAGCAGUCCUUUGAGUCCUCCUUCAACAUGGAUCCAAAUGCCUUCAUGGGACUGGGUGUGGAGCCUUUCCUCUGAGGCAGCGUCUGCAGGACCAACACUCUCAUCUCGGCGUUCCAAAGGAAGACGACAAAAUAACGUUUCUGUUAUGGAACUCUUCCCCCACCCAAGGCCCAAUGCCAAUAAUCGUAACACAUCAGGUUUUUCUGCUGUAUUUGUCAAGAUGGUGUCCAAGCCAGAUGCUGUUCUUGGCAGUAGUUGCCUCCUGUACUGUUGUAUUUUCAAAUACUUUUCCUUAAAGGACACUUAAGACUGGCAUUGACGUGAUACUACCUCUGGUAGGGACAGUGAUACUGUAGAAACUUUAGAAUAAGUGAUGGUGCCUGUCAGAAACCAUUUUAGAUUUGAAUGUUUCAAUGUUUUUGAUUUCCUCACAGAGUGCACACAAACUAAAGAAUUAUAUGGUACUAUCAUAGGUCUCAAUCUGAAGACUGGGGUAAAAGUAUGGUAUAUUUUCCUAGACGUUACCCCAGCACUGACCCUAGGAGUAGAGUCCGACCGAUUAUUUGGCUACAUGUUCAAAAGGUAUCAUCAAAGGAAUAACAGUUUGUUCACUUCGUUUGAUAUUUUAGUGAAUAAAGCGGCGGUCACACUAGGCUUUAGUGCUCCAUAGACUUCGAUGGAGACAUUCAAAUGCAUCAGAAAACGGCAGACCGGAAACGCAAGCCCAUGUGUAGAAUUUUCAUACUACUUUGCGUAGUAUCAAAUUGCAUCACGUGAAGAUGUGCGACUAAUUGAUGAUCGUGACCGCGACCUUUUUAGUAAAAAAAAAAAGAAAGGAAAAAAAAAAUGGUAGUAGUAUCGAUAGCAGUAUCGAACUAUCCUAUACUUUACAAUCCAGCUUUGCAAGACUCUAAAAACAAUGUACAGAGUUUGCCUGUUUUGUGGCUUCGUUGAAAACGGGUGGAAACAUAAAAUAAUUUUUUCAUUGCUUCAAAUAUUGUUUGACACGUUAGUGCUGUAAAACGUAACUACAUAUGAAAACUUUAAUGCCCUGAAAUAUGAUGUCAUAUCCUGUUCCCACCCAUAUUCGAAGCAGCGUCCAACAAAAAUACGCAAGCUUAAAGCCUAGUGUUACCGCCGAUUAAAUAAGUACCAUUAUGCUUGUUUUUCCAUGUUUUCAGAACUCUGUAUUCAGUUGUAUCAUUAUAGACAUUUGCUCUAUAAUCAUGUCUCAAUUAAGUGCAAGCAUCAUCAGUACUUUCAUCAUGGAUGACUCUGUUAAUGCUGUUAAACAGCAGCCAUAGAAUUAUUAGCAGUUCCCUUCGGCCUGCCAAACAGAAAUAUCAAUGAUAUUUAUUUAUUUAAAAACUUAUUUAUACCCCAUGUUAAUAUCUGAACAACUGUUAUCACCCUUUUAAUGUGGUAAAUAUCAUGCAGGGUUUUAGUUGUAACAGUAACGUACCUAGGUAUUUCCACUUAUGGUUAAAAUGUUUUUACUCCAAAAGCAUUUCAUAGUGAUGUAUCUAAAUGUUGCCAAGUGGUAAAGUUGAGAUUUAGUUUCUCAAAGUGUGAUUUAAUGUAUUCUUUUGAAUAUCAUUUUUAUUUAACCUGCUGUACGUCAGUUCUUCUGAAAAUGAUUGCUGAGCAAACAACUAUGGUUAGACAAGUGAUGAGAAUGUUUAACCGUACAGAGUGUGACAAAAGGGACCCAGACAUCCAUGAUCGGUCGGGCUCUAUGAUGGGCAGCAACUCCUAGAUGGGGGAGACUUUUCAGUAGUUUUGAAAUUACUCAGGUUUCACACCUUAAUCACUAAAAAUAAUAUAAAUGAUUAAACCAUAUGUUUUCAUCUGAUGCACAAAGCGUCAUUGGGAAGGUAUAUUUUUGUUUGUCAAGGAUAUGAUUCCCGUUUGUAUUUCUAUGUGCCAUUUCAUAUCAUUGCCCUACUUAGAAUAAAAUGUAUUAGUAGUUUCCACUUAUGCCUAUAUUUCAGUACUUACUGAUUAUUUAAGAAUAGGAGUUGUAGACCUUCGUGGUGGCAUUGAAUAUGAAACUCCACUGACUUCUGAAUCUUUGAGAUUCACUGUAAUCAGUUACAUAUAUCUUAAAUAUAGAAUAUUUAUUUUUGUUCUUAAAACCAGUGUUUCUCUUUCUCAAGUAGAGGACUAAGCAGAUACUGUUUAUUUGUAGAUGUUCUUGCCCUCACUUCCUGGAACUCAAUAAACACAAUGUAAAUGUU